AUAGAACAUGGAUACUAAAAUACGCUCGAUGAAUAAAAGUUCACUUAAGCUUAGGAAUCUACGACUAAGCUUAAAAUACAGGCCUGAAAUUUUAAAGCUAAUUUUAAAAAUGCGUCAAUGUUUAAGGAAAAAGAAUUCUAUAAUCACUCGACUACGAAAGCAACUAAAAUUAUUGAUUAAUAGUGAAGUGAAAUCAUCAUUUGUGCAAACUGAUAAUACAAUUCCUGAAUUCAAUAAAGGGAAGUCAGAUAAAACACCUGAAAAUGAUAAUGAUAAAAUAUUGUCCGAUGUUAGUACACAGACUAGCAAACUUCAAAUUAGUGAUGAUAAUACAAAAGAAGAUUUGAAUUCUGAAGAAAACAUAGAAUCAAAAGUAACUGAAUGGAAAUUACAAGAUGAUGAAGAUGAUAAUGGGAAAAGUAUAACAGAACAAGUGAAAGAAGUUGCACAAUCUGCUUUAAAUGAAAGCGGAAUGGAGCUUGGCUUGUAUUACCACACAGAUACUGGCUGUUACUAUUAUUACUCAGAUGAAAAGAAAAAUUUCGUAUUUCAUUCAUACCCUGAUAGAAGUGCUGAAAUUGAAAAUGCUCCUUUAUUCAAGCAUGUAUUAAAGAAAGCUAAAAAGCAUAAAAAGGAAAUGAGAUCGAAUAUUGAUAACCUGACGAAAAAAUUAUCUCAGGACAAAGAAGACGAUGAAGUCAGCAAGCCGAAAAGAAAAAAGAUUUUGAGAAGAAAGAAGAAAGUGGACAUUAAUAAAGAUGUUGAGAAAUUUGAAACUAAUACUGAAAACAUAGAGAAUGAAAACAUGCAAGUUGAUGGUUCUGCUGAAGAUUCGCAGGAAGAAGUUAAACAUGAUGAAUUAGAAGAUGGUGAAUGCAGUGAAACGGAUUGUGAAGAGCUUAGUGAAGUAGAAGAUGAUGUAGAAUCAAUCAUUAGUUCAUCAACUGCUACUGAUGAUGAUGACUCAGUAGCAAAGCAUCAUCCACCCUGUAUGCGCAUAAUAGUGCGGGAAACUAAUGUAGAGAAAUUGAAAAUUGGCAGUCUGUUUGUUAUUACAAAAGAUGGUGGCUCAAUAGGCAGGGAGGGUGAACAACAUGCAAUUGUUAUCAAAGAUAAUAAUGUAUCAAGGAAACAUUUAGAUAUAAGAUACAAUUUUGAGAGAAAGCUUUAUAUGGCAACGGACUUGGGCUCCAAAAAUGGAACAAUAUUGAACGGGAAUCGAAUGUCGGAAAGUCAAGAUAUUAGCAUACCAAUGGAGGUAGUCCACGGCAGUACACUGCAAUUGGGAGAAACAAAGUUAUUAUGCCACAUACACUCCGGGAACGAGACAUGUGGUCAUUGUGAACCGGGACUUCUAAUCGAUUCUGAAGACAAAGAUCGCAAAGUGGCUUACACACGUACCUGCAGUGUACAAAAACAGCACCAGCUGGAGCUGGCGCGACUGAAGAACAAGUACUCGAAGCCGCCGCUGGCCAUAGAGAGCGAGGCGUACAACGAUCGUGCGCAGGCGCGUCGCGAAACUGUCGGCUCCUCACACUCCGCUGAGAAGACACAGAGCAGCGAUAUCAACUCGUACAUAACAUCAGAGAACAAAGGAUUCAAACUGUUAGAGAAGAUGGGCUGGUCGAAGGGCGAAGGUCUCGGGAAGGACAAUCAAGGUGACAAGGAGCCAAUUCCGCUGUUGAGUAACGAGAAUAAAGCCGGCCUGGGCGCGACCAGCGCUGCGCCCCCGCAGCCCCGCUUUCACCCUCCGCCUGUCUCCAAUCUGGGCCCCGCCACGCUGCGUUUGGCCGCGCGCACCAAGAUGCUGCAGCCCCCCGCCAAAGCCUUCCAAGACCCAUUGAAUUAUGAUUCCGAUUAA